ACAGAAACACUGCUCGCUGAGUUCAGUAUGUGUCUGCAAACGUCUCUAGAAGCCACCAGUAGCUCAUCUGAGAGGAAAUUGUAACUUCUGCAUUGCCGUUAUGGAUAACACAGCAUUUGUCUGCCAGUACUGUAAGGAAUCUCUAUAUGGUAAAAAAUACACAGUUAAAGAUGACAAUCCAUACUGCGUCAAAUGCUUUGAAAGCCUUUUUGCAAAUAUAUGUGAAGGAUGUAAAAAGCCUAUUGAAUGUGAUUCUAAGGACUUUGCCUACAAAGAGAGCCACUGGCAUGAAGCUUGUUUCAAGUGUGUUAAAUGCAGUUGUUCCUUGGUAGAGAAGCCUUUUGCUGCAAAGGAUGACCUCCUGCUGUGUAUUGAGUGCUACUCUAAUGAGUAUUCUUCAAAGUGUUUCAACUGCAAGGCCACCAUAAUGCCUGGUUCACGAAAAAUGGAGUACAAGGGGUGUAACUGGCAUGAAACAUGUUUUAUCUGCCAAAGUUGUCAGCAGCCUUUAGGAACAAAGCCAUUUAUCCCCAAGCUCUCCAGUCUGUAUUGUGUACCAUGCUUUGAAAACCAAUUUGCCAAUCAAUGCAAAUCCUGCAAAAAGGCUAUCACCACAGCAGGAAUUACUUUCCAUGACCAGCCAUGGCACAGUGAAUGCUUUGUAUGUGCUGGCUGUAAGAGGAAUCUGGCUGAAGAGAAAUUUACAUCUAAAGAUGAGGAGCCAUACUGCCUGGAUUGCUUCAGUAACCUUCAUGCAAAAAAAUGUUCUGGUUGUCCUAAACCUAUUGUUGGUCAAGGAGGUGGCAAAUACAUCUCAUUUGAGGAUCGUCAGUGGCACAGUGACUGUUUCAUCUGUGCAAAAUGUACAAUAUCACUUGUUGGCCAAAAAUUUCUCACACAGCAUAAUGAAAUAUAUUGUCCUAAGUGUGGUCAUGACAUAUAGAUUUUUAACUGUGUAUGGCAUACAGUAUAUCCAGCAUGCCACAUAUUAAUCUGCAUGUGCACAUUGCCUGUAAAAAACAUGUAAUGUGUAACAAACAUAUAUACAAACAUGUCAAUUGUUGGAGGGUAUGUAAAAAUGUGUUCUUUAUUUUGGUGAAUUCCAGAACAAUAGAUGUGAAGUGCAAUUAAUUAAUAAUAUUUUCUGUUAUGUAAACUACCAGUAUGCUUUCCACUCUGCUGCAUAUGUCAUUAACAAACCAAUUAUAUUGUAUAAUACUUUACUAAUAUUUGCUUGACUUCGUUAAGUGCUGCUAAACUGUUAAGGGUGUUUUUUAUUGAAUCAAUUAAUAAUAGCAUAUUUCAAAACUUUUAUUUUGAGACCUUCAAUCUUCAUUAUGAUUUUUUCUCCCAUAAUAUAGAGCUAUGCAUUUUUCUUUUGUUUGGCCCACAUAUAUUAAGCAUUGAAAAGUGAUAAAGUGGAGAGUGAUAAAAUGCCUAAUUCAGACCUGAUU